GCGCGGCCGGGGGCUGACAGACACUUCCGGCCGAGGCCUCCUUCCUUCUAGGUUUGGCUGCCUCCCUGUAGCCCUGCAUUCGCGGCCCCGCCGGCCCGACUUUCUAGCCUCAGUUCCCAGGCUAGGCCGUGGCCGCCGGUGGCCUGGGGAGAGUGCGGCGCCAUGCCUCGGGCUUGAUGCGCCGCCCUCUCUUUUCCCAGUCUUCAGUCUUAAGUUGUUAGCCUCCUCCCUCCGCUUUCAGCAGUUGUCUUUCAGCUCUGUUCUUGGCCCUGUUGUCGACCCGGACCAGCCCCUUCCAACCCAGAUAACCGCCGUCGUCAUGUCCCAGCCGGGAAUACCGGCCUCCGGCAGCGCCCCAGCCAGCCUCCAGGCCCAGAACGGAGCCGCCUCGGCCUCGGGGUCUCCCUACGCUAACGGUCCUGUCCAAAACGCAUUGCUGUCUUCACAAGAGUCAGUGAGCCAAGGAUACGGUUUCCAGCGUCCGGGAUCCUACCCUCAUCUAAUACCAGCAAAGACUUUGAAUCCAGUCUCUGGACAGUCUAACCAUGGUAGUUCUCAGGGAUCUGGUCAGACUUUUAAUAGACCACCCGUGGCCUCUAAUCCAAUGACACCUUUGCUUCAGAGUGAUCCUGCUCCCCGAUUGCCAUUACCUGCUUCUCAGAACCCAUCUUCUACACCAUUGCCUUCUGGUAGCUUUGUUCCUGGAGCCAAUCUGCCACCACCUUUGAAUUGGCAAUAUAACUAUCCCUCCACAGGCUCACAAACAAACCAUUGUCCUCGUGCAUCAUCCCAACCAACUGUAUCUGGAAAUACAAGUCUAACCACAAACCAUCAAUAUGUUUCUUCUGGAUAUCCUUCACCUCAAAAUACCUUCAUAAAGUCAGGUUCAUCUGUACCUCCCUUAGUGAAUCCACCUCUGCCUACAAUUUUUCAACCAGGAGAUCCUCAUGGGCCCCCUCCAGCUGGAGGCCCACCCCCAAUAAGCGUCCUCACGCCCCAGAAAUCAUCAUAUAGACAUGUACCCCAGCCCUCAUUUAAUUCGUCCGUCAAUCAAGAAGGUAUUACAUCAAAUACCAAUAACGGAUCUAUGGUGGUCCACAGUAGCUACGAUGAGAUUGAAGGAGGUGGCUUCUUGGCAACACCACAGCUUACUAACAAGAAUCCCAAAAUGAGCCGAAGUGUUGGAUAUUCAUAUCCCUCCUUACUGCCUGGUUAUCAGAACAUACCACCUGGUGCAACUGGAGUGCCACCCUCUUUGAAUUACUCAAGUGGGCCACAAGCCUUUACUCAGACUCCCUUAGGUGCUAAUCAUUUAACCACAAGCAUGAGUGGAUUAAGUCUACAUCCAGAGGGUCUAAGAGUUGUCAAUCUUCUUCAAGAAAGAAACAUGCUUCCAUCAACACCUUUGCAGCCUCCAGUUCCAAAUUUGCAUGAAGACAUCCAGAAACUCAACUGUAAUCCAGAGUUAUUUCGAUGUACACUGACUAGCAUUCCUCAGACUCAGGCCUUACUGAAUAAAGCCAAACUUCCUUUGGGGCUGCUGCUUCAUCCUUUCAAAGACUUAGUGCAGUUGCCUGUGGUUACCUCCAGUACCAUUGUGAGAUGCCGUUCAUGCAGGACGUACAUCAAUCCUUUUGUCAGCUUUCUUGAUCAAAGGAGAUGGAAGUGUAACUUAUGUUAUCGAGUAAAUGAUGUUCCUGAAGAGUUCUUGUACAACCCUUUGACCAGAGUUUAUGGAGAACCUCACAGAAGACCUGAAGUUCAAAAUGCUACUAUUGAGUUUAUGGCUCCUUCAGAAUACAUGUUACGACCACCUCAACCUCCAGUGUAUCUCUUUGUAUUUGAUGUGUCUCACAAUGCAGUCGAAACUGGAUACUUGAAUUCAGUUUGCCAGAGUUUGUUAGACAAUCUGGAUUUGCUUCCUGGCAACACUAGAACAAAAAUUGGCUUCAUAACGUUUGACAGUACAAUCCAUUUCUACAGUCUUCAAGAAGGUCUCUCUCAACCUCAGAUGCUAAUAGUUUCAGAUAUCGAAGAUGUUUUUAUACCUAUGCCAGAGAACUUAUUAGUAAACUUAAAUGAAAGUAAAGAGCUUGUACAAGAUUUACUGAAAACAUUGCCACAAAUGUUUACCAAGACUCUGGAGACCCAGAGUGCCUUGGGUCCUGCACUUCAAGCUGCCUUUAAGCUGAUGUCUCCAACUGGUGGUCGAAUGUCUGUUUUUCAAACACAACUCCCAACUCUUGGAGUGGGAGCCCUGAAACCACGAGAGGAGCCUAACCACAGGUCAUCUGCUAAGGAUAUACACCUGACACCAUCCACUGACUUCUAUAAGAAAUUAGCCUUGGACUGUUCUGGUCAGCAAGUAGCUGUUGACUUAUUCCUUCUCAGUGGACAGUAUUCUGAUUUGGCUUCUCUGGGUUGUAUUUCUCGGUAUUCGGCAGGUAGUGUCUAUUACUAUCCCUCUUACCAUCAUCAACACAACCCAGUCCAAGUACAGAAAUUCCAGAAAGAACUACAGAGAUACCUUACUCGGAAGAUUGGCUUUGAAGCAGUCAUGAGGAUUCGGUGCACCAAAGGUCUUUCCAUUCAUACUUUCCAUGGGAACUUCUUUGUUAGGUCGACUGACUUAUUGUCUUUGCCUAACGUCAACCCAGAUGCUGGGUAUGCCGUGCAGAUGUCAGUGGAAGAGAGUCUUACUGACACUCAGUUGGUUUCUUUUCAAUCAGCGCUCUUGUAUACAUCCAGCAAGGGUGAAAGAAGAAUUCGUGUUCAUACUUUGUGUUUGCCAGUAGUUUCUACUCUAAAUGAUGUGUUUCUUGGAGCUGAUAUUCAAGCAAUUUCAGGGUUAUUGGCCAAUAUGGCUGUUGACAGAUCCAUGACUGCCAGUCUGAGUGACGCUCGGGAUGCUCUAGUGAAUGCAGUCAUUGACUCCCUUUCUGCCUACCGUUCUUCAGUCUUAAGUAACCAGCAGCCUGGAUUGAUGGUUCCUUUUUCAUUGCGGCUUUUCCCACUUUUUGUGUUGGCUCUCCUUAAACAGAAAUCAUUCCAGACUGGGACAAAUGCACGUCUAGAUGAACGCAUUUUUGCAAUGUGUCAAGUGAAAAAUCAGCCCUUGGUUUACCUUAUGCUCACAACUCAUCCCAAUUUGUAUAGAGUUGACAAUCUCUCAGAUGAGGGAGCACUCAACAUCAAUGAUAGAACCAUACCUCAGCCCCCCAUUCUUCAGCUUUCAGUAGAGAAGCUGAGCAGAGAUGGAGCUUUCCUCAUGGAUGCAGGCUCUGUACUGAUGCUUUGGGUUGGAAAAAAUUGUGCACAGAGUUUUCUGAGUCAAGUUCUAGGAGUUCAAAACUAUGCAUCAAUUCCACAGCCUAUGACAGACCUUCCAGAACUUGAUACACCAGAAUCUGCCAGAAUAAUAACUUUCAUCUCUUGGCUUAGAGAGCAGAGACCAUUCUUCCCAAUACUUUAUGUAAUAAGGGAUGAGAGUCCAAUGAAAGCAAACUUCCUUCAAAACAUGAUAGAAGACAGAACAGAAUCUGCAUUAUCAUAUUAUGAAUUCCUGUUGCAUAUACAGCAACAAGUGAAUAAAUGAACAAAUGACGAAGUUUGACUUAAUUAUUUCUAAGGAAUGUCACAAUAGUGCAGAAUACCUGGAAAUGUGUAAUACCUUCUUUUUCUAUCGUUUGUGGACUAAUGUGUUGAUUGAGAUGUUCUCACUGUGAUUUCAACAACCUAUAGCAAAUAAAAGACCACAGCAGAGAAGCAAACAUGCAACUUUGAAAUAUUGUAUUUUUCAAAUCAGAAUCUAGCUACAUAUGAUUGGAUACUUUUUUCUUGCCAAUUAUGUUUGAGUUGUUAUGGAUUAAAAUAAGACAAGACAAUAUUGCAGAGGCAAAGUACAUUUUGUAAAAUAAAGAUUUCUGUGUUCUACAUGUA